AUGUCUGACGAAAUUAAAACUACUGAAACACCAAUUGAAGAAAAACCAAUUGAUAAAAAAGAAGAACAAGAAGAAACUUCAACUACUACAACUGAUGACUCAAAAAAGAGAAAUAAUGCUGAUGUUGAAGGUGAUGAUAAGAAGAAACUGAAAAAGAAAAGAAGAAGAAAUUAUGAUGAAGAUUUACCAAAAGAAGAAGGUGAAAAAGGUGCUGACAAAAAAGAAGAAGGAGAAGAUGAAGAAGAUGAAGAAGAAGAAAGUGGUGAUGAAGAUUAUGAAACUGGUAAAUUAGAUGAUGAAGAUGAAGAAGAUGAUGAUGAUGAAUUGUUAGAAAUUGAUGCAAAUAAUAUUAUUGAAUCUACUGGUAGACGUACAAGAGGUAAAGUCAUUGAUUAUAAAGAAGCUGCUAAGAAAUUAGAUGCUGAAAAUGGUGUUUUACAAGAAGAAGAUGAAGAAGAUGAAGAAGAUGAAGAAGGUGAAGCUGAAUUUAAAGCUUAA